CGCUCUGUUCCUCAGACUGACCAUGGCGCAGCUCCUCACUCUUCUCGCUGUAUACGUGGCGUUUCAUUUUGUUCUUUCAGCAUCUCAUCAGGUCAACGCAGCAGCUCCGGGUGUCGUAGGCAACGCUAAUGUCCUGUCUCUUCUGCAGCCUUAUGACCUUUUGUAUUACAGCGGGGUUCGAGCUUACUUUGGCCAGGAGUGGCAGAAAGCUGCGGAGCUGCUGGAGAAAUCCAUCCUGACCAAGGAAUCUCUGCUCAGUGUCCGCAGACAGUGUCAUAAAGACUGUGUGACUACAGGCAGAGAAGCACUGCAAAACCUGGACUCUGAGGAGGGAAGCCUGUGGGACCUCUGGGCAUUGGACUGGGUUCAGCAGAGAGCUGAGUGUUUGCGGUUCUGUAUUCGACGCUCAGUCACUCCUGCAGGGCAGCUUCCUGUUUCAUCAGACAUAGAGUAUGAAUUUGGCACUCGCAACCCCUACAACUUUCUGCAGGUCACGUACUACAAGUUGGAAAAGUUGCAGAAGGCGGCGUCAGCAGCUCAUACAUACUUUGUGGCCAAUCCCAGUCACCUGGAGAUGAGGAACAACAUUGAGAAGUACAGGAGGAUGGAAGGAGUGACUGAAGAGGACUUUCAGGACAGAGAGUUCCUGAAUGAGAAGCACUGGGUCCUUUACGAUGCUGCAGUCCAGUUGGAGGCCGCCUUUGACUGGGCGCAAGUGUCCAAGAAAUGGAAAGAGUGUGUGAAUGAAACUCUGCGGCAGACAGAGGAGUGCAGGGUGCAGUGUGAGGUGUCCUCCCAACGGCUGCCUGAGGACAGGGGAGUGAAUGGUGUUGACGGUGUGUUCGAGAAGGCUGCAGCUCUUUCUCUCUCCCUGCUCGCAUGCCGGCAGUACUGUGUGAUUCAGGUUUCCACACGGCCUGGAAGGAUUUCUGCUCAAGAGGACUACCUGCCCACACAGCUGGAGCAUCUGCACAUAGCUCAGUUUAAAGCUGGUGAUGUUCGCGGAGCGGUGCAGUCUGUGCGCUCCCUUCUCCUGUUCUAUCCCUCUGACAAGGACUCUUUAGACAAUCUGCAGCUCUACUAUGAGACACUAGGAGGAGACACAGAGUCACAAGACAUACAGCCUUCUCAGGAGAUUGUCAGAUACAUCAGUCAAUCUUUGCAGGAAAAGGAGCUACUGUAUUUUGGGAUGGAGAACCUUGCCUUUUCUUUCACUGACCCAGAUCUUUGGACUCCAGAGAAAGUUGUCCCUGAAUCACUGAGGGAGGCCUGGAGAGCUGAACAAGAGAAAAUGAAUGAGAAAAUGAAAGGCGGUUAUCAGCAAGAUGAAGUGGACGACAGUGGCUUUUUCUCAGGUGGUCCAGUACCUCGCGUGGGUGUAACCAUCACCAUGGAUGACGACAAGCUGAACGGGACCAAUCGUGUAGUACUGGACGGAGUCAUGACUGAGACAGAGUGUGACAGAAUACUGCAGUUAGCCACGGCUGCGGUGUCAGCUGGAGAUGGUUACCGAGGACGACGGUCUCCACAUACACCGCACGAGACAUUUGAGGGCCUGACUGUGCUCAGGGCUGUGAAGUUGGCUCAGGACGGCAUGAUCAACCAGACAGAUGCCAGGCUGUUACACGAGCUGGGCGAGCGAGCGCGAGACCUGCUGCAUUCCUACUUCAGAAGCCCCUCAGGACUCCACAUCUCUUUCACACACUUGGUCUGUCGCACUGCUAUCACAGGUGACCAGGAGGGCAGAUCAGACCUGUCUCACCCUGUCCAUGUGGACAACUGUCUCCUCGAGCCAGACACCAAGCAGUGCUGGAAGGAACCGCCAGCAUUCAUACACAGAGACCUCAGUGCCAUUCUCUACCUGAAUGACAACUUUAAUGGUGGAGAUUUAUUUUUCACAAGCCGGGAUGCAAAGACAAUAACAGCCCAAAUCAAACCAAGCUGUGGUCGACUGGUGGGCUUCUCCUCGGGUCCAGUAAACCCCCACGGAGUUACUGCAGUGACCAGUGGCCGGCGCUGCUCGCUGGCCCUGUGGUUUACGAAAGACAAGAUCUACAGGGACAUGGAGCGGGAGGAAGCAGAGGCCUUGUGGGCGGCAGAUGGACAUACUGUGGUGAAAAAGGAAGAGGAUGAGGGAAAAGGAAGCGUCACCACCACCACCAGGAAUGCUCGGAGCCAAGCACCAAAGGAGAAGAACAGAGGGAGAGGCAGGGUGACGGGGGGCAAAGAUGAGCUGUGAGAACCACAACAAACCUUAAAGACUAGAACUGGAACACAUCUUCAUUUGCAUCCAGUGCUUUCAUCACAGGACCAACACAGCAGCCAUGAAAACUUCACAUUAUCUUUCCGUUUUUUUACACACACAUUCGCUCUCCUCAUCCUGCUGCAUUUUUGUGUAAAGCAUGCAUGUAUAUACUGUAUUUAUAUUGUAUAUGAUGAAGGUAAGUGAGGGAAACCGCUGUCCUGUCCUGUCUGAGAAUGGAGGAGAAUAAAAUAAUGAAUGUGACUCUUAA